AUGGUUGAUGUCCACGAAGACGAUGCCGUCCCAUCAUCUCCUCCCUCGCUCAAUGCGACCGAGGACACGCUGCCCUCCUCUCCUCCUCCUAUGAAGCCGAAGAAGAAGCCUCCAGUCGCUCCCCGGUCGUUUCGGCGCUUCUUCACCCCCAGGUCGUCUCUCAACGCUCCCAAUACCCGGAGCCGGUCCAUACGAAACGCUCUGCAGGAGAUCACGUCCUCUCCGGCCUUGAACAGGCUGGGACCGGCGUUUCCUGGCGUUCCUGAUAGCAGUGACUGCGCAAUUACCAGUUCUUCACCGUGCCAGGAUUCGUUCCGUACACCUAGCAAGAAGAGAAAGCUCUCCUUCUGCGGAUUAAGCUCGCCUCCUCUCCAAUCAUCCCCGCUGAGACGAGUGCGAAUUGCACCGCCAAUCUUUGAUGAUGCAUCGUCACCGAAGAAAGGCAAUAUCUUUGCCCCGGCUGAUGAGGUUGAUGAGCCAGAAGCCGAGGAGCCGGUUGAGACUCUUCAAAUGCCAGCUCCGUUGCGUCGGUCUAAGGUUCUAGGCCAAACGUCAUCAAGCUUACAUGUACGCAGCUUUGGUCUGUCCAGACGCUCCAGAACGACUAUACGGGCUUCAAGUGGCAUCAACUGGCAGGACGAGACGGCAAGCUUCUAUAGCAAGUCUGAAGAUAGUCAUGCUUGCUGGAAAGGGGAGUAUCCGGUAACACCAUAUUGUACCGCCUCGUGCAACACCAAUUCCUUGGUUGCUGUCGGGGAUGAAGCUGGUGGUAUCAGGCUACUGGAUACCUCUCCCGAUGUUGAGAAUGGGUUUUCUAGCGCGUAUUUAUCAUUCCCAUCCAUGCAUAAGAACUCCAUAAUGGAUCUUGAAUUCUCCAGCGAUGAUAAACUGUUAGCCACAGCAUCCGGAGAUCAAACCUCCCACAUUAUUGAUAUGACUACCCAGACCCCUAUCUACUCUCUGUCCAAGCAUACUUGCUCCGUCAAACGGGUGCAGUUCCAGCCUGGAAGCAACAACAACGUAGUUGCAACGUGCAGCCGAGAUGGCAGCGUCAAUAUAUGGGAUCUAAGAUACAAGGCCUAUGACAAGCCAGCUUUCCGGUUGCAAUGUUCUCUUGGUGAUGAUGAUGAUGACACUCUCAGGCCACCGGCCAAGAUGAAGUACGCUCAAACGUCCAAGACCAUUACAGGUGCACACCUGGAGAGAGCUCGUACCAAGUCUGAGCAGGAAUCCCAGCUACGUCGUGAUGACACGACCGUCACGUCGGUUUCCUUCCUGAACCCAGGCCGUGAACACUUGUUUGUUACCUCCUCGGAAUCAAACGCCUGUGUGAGACUGUGGGAUCUUCGAACUGCAUACACUUUACGACGAGCUGCUGUUCCGCUGGCUUCAACCCGUCAGCCCGACAGUCAUUCUCGCUUCCGCCAGUUCGGCCUGACCUCUCUAACCUUUAACACAGACGGAAGUAGACUCUACACCCUCUGCAGAGAUGGUACUAUUUAUGCAUAUUCGACCCCCCAUCUUCUCCUGGGCAACUCUCCUGAAAUGUCACAGCCCAACAACACUCCCGGACGACGAUAUCCUGCUGAAGAGGCAAAGGCCGGUCUAGGCCCUCUGUACGGCUUCCGUCACCCACGGCUGAUGGUUGGUUCGUUUUUCGUUAAGCUUGGGCUCCGUCGACCAGCCGACGAUAAGACUGAACUUCUGUCGGUUGGAAGCAGUGAUAACUGUGCCAUACUCUUCCCCACAAAUGAACGAUACCUUACUCCUUCCCUUGCAUCGUCCACCAACCAGCCUCCGUCUACUACCCCAACCGCCAACACAUCCUUACCUCCCAUACAGUCCACUGCUGAACAUCGUCUCCGUCCUUGUCUUCGAAGGUCAAACUCCAGCUCAAGUCUCUCUGACAGACUAGAACAUACUAUCCCCAUAUACCAACAUGGAACAGCCCUGGUUGAGGGUCAUAAUAAAGAAGUUACUGCUGUCUCAUGGGCACAUGGGGGUGAAUUGGUCACUGUCAGCGAUGAUUUGCAUGCAAGGUGCUGGCGUGAGGGCCCCGCGGCUCGAAAACUCCGACGUGAUAGGGAUAUAAACGGACAACGAUGGCAGUGCGGUUGGGCAGACGUCAAAGAUCCAUCCUAUGAUGACGACGAAGCGUAA